CCAUUGUUUAGCUAUAGCUGUGCUACAGCUCUUCAUAAUGCUGCAGUCCAUGUAGCUUUUCCAUUGCUAGCACGGUGAGAGAAAGUUGACCAUAUAGAUAAGCUCCAGGGCAGUUGAUCCCUUUACCUCUUAGUAUUGCUAAAUAAAUGGAAGUCUACUUUGAAUUUAAAUAGCAAAUACACAGUAGAGUCAGUGACUGUGGCUGUGGGUUUUUCCUCCACUGAUGCCUGUCUUUCCUGCGAUGUUCGGGUGGUCAGGUCAGUUUUCUAUUGAAAUGGCUUUUUCCUACAAUACAAACUGUCUUCAUUAUGCUCAUUUCUUUCAUUCCAUCCCAUCAUUUCUGUUGGUUCAUUAGCUAAUCAUCAGGAACCUAAGGAUUUGUUCAAGGGGAAAAAAUAAAAAUAAAAAUCUGCUUUUGGUAGAAGUAGCAUCAGUAGGUUUUUUUUAAGGUGGGGGAGAAACAUUAUCAGAUGCUGUAUAGCAUUUGUUAGUAUUGCAUAUAAAUGCAAGGAAUCUUGAUCUUCAUAACUAAAGAAUGAGCUGUGUCUUUUUCUGUUUGGUUGGGUUUGGGUUUUUUGGGGUGCGUGUUUGUUUGUUUGUUUGUUUUUAAAUCAAACCCCUGAACUUGUUCCUGCUAACUAUUAACAUUAAGGAAAAUGCUGUUGGGGCUUUUCCCUUAAGGCCUGGAGUUCAAGAAAGUAUAUGGAGUUUUUUAAAGGUGGUAUUUUCUUAUUGAAUAUUUUUCUGUGCCUAAAUGAUACGUGUUGUAAUGAAAACUCAACCUAAUGGUUACUUUGCAUUUGUCAUUCAGGUGGAUUUGCCUAGUGUUUUAGGGUGAUGCUUUUCUUAUGGUCAGAUUAUUGUCAGUUUCCUCCAUGCAUGUUUAGGCAGAUCGUUAUUGAGUAGAUUUUUCGUUCUCACCAUAAUUGCAGUCAAGAAUUACUGUAAUUCUUGUUCAGCAGGAUGUUUUCUACUGUGACUAAGUAAAGAAUAGCUACUCAUGCAGCCUCUUUAAGGACUAAGCUGUCAUGGAGGAGUUGGUAGAGGAUGACAUCUGUAUUUUGAACCAUGAAAAAGCAGACAAUGCUCAUAAGAGAGAUGGGGAGAUUCCUGUUUCAUCUUACAGUGGAGAUGAGUCUGUUGCCUCACACUUCGCACUUGUCACUGCAUAUGAAGAUAUCAAGAAACGGCUAAAGGAGACAGAGAAGGAGAACUCCUUCUUAAAAAAAAGAGUGAGAAUUCUAGAAGAGAAGCUGCUUGGCUCCCGACUGGAAGAGGAAUGCGGUUCAGUUGGACGUGAACAAGUAAAUAAGGCUUACCAAGCCUAUCGAGAGGCCUGCAUUGACCGAGAUAAUCUGAAAAGCAAACUGGAUAAAAUGAUGAAAGAAAGUGCAGAAUCCUUGAAAACCCUGAAUGAACAGUUGCAGUCUAAAGAAGUAGAGCUGUUACAGCUAAGAACUGAAGUGGAAACUCAACAAGUGAUGAAAAAUCUGAAUUGUACUCAGUCCAGCUGGGAAAUAGAGAAGCUGAGCAGUGACCUGAAGGUGCAUAGUCUGGAACAGGAGCUAGAAAAGCUCAAGCAAGAGUGCAACAGUCUCAGAAAGGAGUUGCAAAAAUCCAAGCAGAAGGACCAUGCUCAAGACGAAAAUCCAUUCAAUGGAGACCUCCUUCAAAGGCAAGACAUCCAGAGUGUGCAACAAGCAUAUUGGGAACUGAAGAAAGAAAUGUCUAAUUUGCGUCUAGUGACUGACAUGCAAGCUGAGGUCCUACGAAAACUGAAAACAAACUCAACAGCGACCAAGAAAGCUGCCUGUACUGUACCGGUACAAUGUGUUGACUUGAAUAUUUCAAAGCUGAAUUUGACAUCUGGGGUAGUCUAUAAAAAACUCUCACAAAAUGAUGAAAUACUCUGCAAUGCUGUGUCUCCCCCUCUGCUGAGAGAUGUAAAAACCCCAUCUGAAAGGGUGACUCUACAAGCAUGGACAGAUGAGAGACCCAUUCCGGUUGAUGGCAAAACGUUUCAGGAACACCAUUCUUAUGGGAAGAGCUCUCUGGAAGAUAAUUCCUGGGUGUUCCCAAGUCCUCCAAAGCCUAAUGAGAAUGUGUUUUGGGAAAUGAGAAAUAAAACAACUUUGUUAAACUGUCCAGCAGAUUACCUGGAUCAGUGUAAUCAAAACUGUCUGUACAAGAGUUAAACAAUUUUUAGAAUGAACUGAGGCAUUUUUAGAGUGGUUCUGAAUAGGCACCUUAACGCUUGAACUUUUAAAGAGGGAAAACAGAUUGCCUGAAAUGUUCUUUUAUUUUUAAUUCUAGUUCCGAAACAGGAAGUGUAGUCUUCCGCAGCUGUAAGUCAGGAGCAAGUUCCUUGAAGUUAAAGCUGUGCUGGUAUGAUGUAAAUAUAAAGAAAUUUAGCAUGGGGCCUAGAUAGUCUUGUACUGCAAAUGGCACACAUUUGCAAAAGAUUACAUUGAAAAGUGAGUUCUUGGAAUAAAACAAAAUAAUCCAGUUCUGUAUUUGUUUGCUAUCUGUAUGUAAUCAAGAAAAUACUUGGUAUCCUGUGUUAAAACUUGUACCAGCUCUGA